AUGGAAAUUAAAGUAACACCAAUUUGUUUAUUACCAAUAGGUAAAUUACCAAAAGUAUGUGUUGUAGUUGGUGAUCCAAAUAGAGCCAAAUUAGUAUCAGAGAAACACUUUGUGGUCACUGAAUUAGUAUGCGCAGUUAGAGAAUUCCAUUGUUAUAAAGGUAUGUGGAAAGAUACAGAAAUGUUAGUUAUGUCACAUGGUAUUGGUGGUGGUGGUGCAUCAGUUUGUUUCGAAGAGUUAAUUCAAGCAGGUGUUACAACCAUCAUUCGUGCAGGUACAGCAGGCUCAUUCGAUCCACGUUAUCGUGAGGGUAGUCUUGUCAUUGCAACCGGUGCCGUCAGAAGUGAUGGUGUUUCCGAGGGUUUGGUCCCACUUGGCUAUCCAGCAAUCUCUGAUCACGAAGUUGUUGGUGCUCUCAUCGAAUCCGCUAAAUCAAAUGGUCUCUCAAAUGAGCAAUACGGUGUUGGUAUCAUCACAACCGUUGGUCACUUUUUCGAUGGUCCAUUAGGUAACCACAAUAAAUUAUGGGCUCGUUCAAAGGUUUUAGCCAUCGAAAUGGAAGCCUCCAUCUUAUUCAUCGUCGCUUCCCUCAGAGGAAUUAGAGCUGGUGCUUGUGUAAACAUUGAUAACUAUAUCUUUGAAAGAGAAAUCUCUGAAAAAUACGAACCAAACAGAGAUGUCGUUCAUCAAGGUACCUUUAAGAUGUUAGAAGUCGCUUUAGAUGCCGCUAAAAGAUUAUCUUCACAAUAA